AUGGCUGACGUUGACGGGCUGGUAUGUCCAAAGGACAGCCAAGCCAUCGUCCAAAGAGACGCAGCCAUGCCAGCUUUCGCUCAGGAGAAAAACAAGUCGGUGGAAGAAUCCCAAGGCGUCUCGAAAAAAGGUCGGAAGCCCUGGUCCUUCAAAAGGAGCGGCAGUGACCUGGAGGCAUCAGCUCCACGCAGCCCAAGCAGCCCGGGCAGCCCAAGCAGCCCGGGCAGCCCAAGCAGCCCGGGCAGCCCGAGCAGCCCAAGUACCAACGAGCCGGGACAAGGGUACAGACGGCGCCUGCCUUGGCAGCGCACGGAUCCAGAUGCAAAGCCAAAGGAGCCAUGCACCCCUGCGGCGGGGAGCACUGCCCCUUCUCCGAAACAGGCCGUGCCGCCAUCACAGCGACACGGUGUUGAAGCUGCGGAUCAGCUGGAGGAGGCAUCAACUCCAAGCCCGAGCAGCCCAAGGCCAAGUUCCAACGAGGGAGGAGGGACCUACGGACGACGGUUGCCCUCGCAGCGCGCGGAUGUAGACACAACGGAGGAGGCAAAGUCGGCGAAGAGCAACCCGCUUCGCUUGAUCCUGCACAUCCGACGCCUGCAGCAGCUGCAACAACUGGGACCUCCUCACAGCAACAGGCGCACGAGGAGAAGCCUGUCCUGGUGGAACCGGAGUCUUUUGCUGGAGAGGCUGAGGCGCCGGCGCCGGCGCCCGCCCAUGCAGAAACGGAGAGCACUCCGGAGAGCAGCGGGCAAUGUGGGCAAUGUGGGCAAGUUGAGCUGCCGAUUCUACCCCUGCAGCUUGAAUUUGACCAGCUUCGCUCCGAUGAGGAGGAGCCCAUCGGCAGGUCGAGGAGUCCAAGCUGGAGAAAGCUGCGCAUUCGAGAGAAGCAGCAGCGGUUCCGGCGUCGAAGGCCAGGCUCCACAAGCCCUUUCGAGGCGCUGUCCAGCCGCCGGCAGAGGCUUUCCCAGGUCGACAGCCCGGUGA